UUUUGUCAUGUUGGAAGUAGGGAAUUCUUGUCACUUGUUUAGUUCCUAUUCGUAUUGUUUAAAUGUUGUAUUAUUCCAAGUUUUGUUUAUUUUGUUUACAUAGAAGCACUCAUGGGGCUUAAUUUAAGUUCCAGUUAGUGUAAUACAAAUUAUUUCGCAGUGUGGAGUGCAUCCAAUAAAUGUUAUAAGUCAAAAUGUCUCGUAAUAGAUGUGAUGGGUUGCUUGCUAAGGUCGAUUUUCCCCUUUAUACCCUCGAGACCCUUACGAAUCGUCAUGUUCUCGUUGCGGGAGGUGGUGGAGCUUCAAAUACAGGGGUGGCAAAUGGAUUUGAAAUAUUCGAGAUAUCGCACAAUGGUAACAAGUUCGUCGCGGAGGAGGUGAUGAGGCACGAGACGGGUCCUAACGUGGUAAUGAAUUGUUCGAUCCGCAACGCUCAGGGUCGCACGUACCUGUGCGCGGGUCAGGAGAGUCACUGUCAGCUGUACCGGGUGAACGUGCGCAUGGUGGAUGUGGCGGAGAUGCGUCGAGGCAGCUUCCGCGCGGAGAACGGCCUCGUGCGGCGGCGCAGGCGCACCGUCUCCGAGAACGACAAUAUAUCUAAAGCAGACAUUGGCACGGUGGACAAACGGAUGUCAUUUGAGAUACGUCCAUGUGAUAGUGUUCAAACUGAUUUUGGUGAUGACCCGCUGCAAAGAGUGGUAAGGAUCAGCCACAACGGCAAGCUGAUGGCAACAGGUGGCAUAGAUGGCAAGGUUCGAGUCUGGAGCUUCCCACAGAUGCAGCUGUUGUUCCAACUUGAAGGACAUACUAAAGAGCUGGAUGACCUGGACUUCAGUCCAUGCGACAGUCAGCUGGUGAGCAUCGCAAAGGAUGGUCUGGCGCUGGUGUGGAGCGCGGGGGGCGCGCGCGAGCCCCUGCGCACGCUUACCUGCCAGCCGCCAAAUGGCACCAAGUACCGCUUCCGGAGGUGCAGGUUUGGGGCGUCAGCAGACGUGAUGUUUACGAUAGCGAACCCCGUGUCCCGCGCGGGCAGCGGGCGCGCGCGGGGGCUGCUGCAGCAGUGGGCGUGGCGCGGGGCGGGGGCGGAGGGCGGGGCGGCGCGCGCGGCGCUGCUGCCGGAGGCGCUGUCCGCGCUGGCGGUGCGCGACGACGGCAAGUUCCUGGCUGUGGGCACCAUGUUCAGCGGCUCUGUCCAUAUAUACAUCGCGUUCAGUUUACAGCGAGUGCUGCAGGUGAAGAACGCUCACGGUAUGUUCGUGACGGGGCUGGCGUUCUUGCCGGUGGGUGUGGUGGGUGCGGGGGGUGCGGCGGGGGGCGCAGGGGGCGCCGGGCAGGCCCUGGCGAGCCGCAGCGAGGCCGCGCUGCUCUCCAUCUCAGUCGACAACUGCCUCUACGUGCACAGCGUGCCUUAUCCACGUACCGUCCCCGCCUGGGUUGCCAUUAUUCUCAUAGUUUUCGUAUUGUUCUGUACCUUCACGCUAUGUUCCUAUUUGGGUAUAUAGCGGUAUUAUGUAUAUAUUAAUGUAAUCAAUUGUAAUUUCGUAUAUUGUAAAAGAAAUUAUUUUUCCGUGUAAGUUUUGGGGUUAGUUAUAAUUGUAACAUGCUCAUAUAAUUGUGGAUGUUUGUAAAAUAAAAUCAAUUUAAUCAAAUUUUAUUUUACGAGGUGUCGAGUUAUUGUUUUAAUUUAAUAUUAUGUGUAUUAUAAUUGUUUAUAUUUCAAAACUUCAAGGUUCAUUAGGAUAAUAGAGUUUGCACAGAAUUUGUCCGCCGCCAAACAGACUGUGACCGACUGGUGUUAAAUUAUUUGAUAAAACUGUAUGUAUUAUAAAAUUAAAUAUUUAUGGCCAUGA